UUGUGCUGCGUACCCCAUACUCAUCCCCAGGUGUUCAAACCAAUUUUGUGUUAUUCUGUCCAGGAAUCAUCGGAAUUCAAUACGACAAAGAAAAUUUCUAUGUUGAUUUUGUAGACAUGGCAAAAAGAAUCUUAAUCGUUUUGUUUUGGUUAAAUGCUUUAUCAGCAACAAUUGAAAGCAAGCCUUAUGGCAGUGCAGACGAAGAGCCCGUACCUAUGCGGCCAACUAAGAUCGUGGAAGCAAUCGAUUGGGAAACACCAAUCCGAAUAUGUGGACCGCAAAUAACCAUUUUUCAAGGCUUAUUAUCAUGUGACAACUUUACAAAUCAAAGAAUAUCAAAUAAUGGUGGCAUAGCCUCAGAAUGUUGUUCGACCCCGUGUUCACCUCUAUAUAUUCUACAUUAUUGUGCAAGCCACAGUGACAAAUUAAAUCCAUUAGAGUGGGAGUUGCUUAAAAUGAUACCCACUAUUACUACUACAACUACUUCAACUACACCAAAACCAGUUGAACCUAUUCAAAAAUUAUGUAAAAGAGAUCCCGAUAAUGAAGAUUGCAGUUUUUUCAAAUAUUUUGAAAUGAGUCGCAUUUUUAAUGGUAUGUGGUCUAUGUAA